AUGGCUUCAUGCGCUCUCUGGCUUGCCUACCGCCCCAAGAACCCCGAGUUUUCAGUGGUCGAGGCUGUGAUAUACAACUUGACCGUGUCGCCUCCAUCGCAGCUUUUGACAACAAUGGCAUGCACCAUUGUUACAAGGAACCCCAACAAGCUCUCUUCCAUUUACUAUGACCAAUUAACUGGGGUGGUGUUGUAUAAGGAUCAACAGAUAACACCACAGGUAAUGUUGUCUCCGGUGAUUAACGAAAAGAAGACCACCGUGGAGAUACCACUGAAGAUUAGUGGUGCAGCGGUGUCCGCGGUGUCGGUGACGGAGGAGUUGGCAAAUGAGAUAGUGAGAAGUACUGAGAGUGGGUUGUUUUGGCUUAGAGUUGUGUUGAUGGGAAGAGUUAAAUGGAAACUUGGAGGUGUGAGAAUUGGUUAUUAUGCUCUUUCUGUUAAAUGUGAUGUGUUGGUCACUAACACAAAGGAUGACUCCGUUGGUUCACUUCCCUCCCCUCGUUCGACUACAUGUAACGUCGAUUUUGCUUAA